AUGCGAGCAUUGGGAGUUAAUUUAUCAAAAGUCGUCGUUCAUAUUGAUUUAAAAGGAUCUCCGCCGAAACUGUCUUAUCUUGAAUCAAUUUUUCCUCUAUUCAAGGACCUUGGUGUUAACGCGUUAUUGAUGGAGUACGAGGAUAUGUUUCCAUACAAAGGAAAAAUUGCAAAUUUAAGUUCUAAUAUAUGCUACAAGGAACACGAGCUCAGAAAAUUUAUCACAGCAGCUGGAAGAGCAGGUUUUGAAAUAAUUCCAUUGAUUCAGACAUUUGGGCAUUUGGAGCAUGCUCUGAAAUUACCUGAAUUUAAGCAUUUAAGAGAAGUCCCGUUGUAUCCCGAUUCAAUUUGUCCCAGUAAGAUGGAAAGUACAACUUUAAUUAAUGACAUGUUAAAACAGAUUGUCGUGUUCCACAGUAGUAUUUAUCCACUUAAACAUAUACACAUAGGUUUCGAUGAGGUGUUCCAUAUUAACAAAUGUGCACAAUGCCGUCUUUGGAAUCAGACAGACAUAGACAUUUAUUUUAAUCAUCUUCAAAAAGUAAAAGGUACUGUGAAGCUCUGGAGCCCCAACACGACGGUUUUAAUUUGGGACGAUAUGCUGCGCGGUAUCAAAUUGGAUGAUUUUGUCCAUAGAGAAUUAACCAAUACAGAGCCAGUGUACUGGGACUAUGCGCCCUCUUUACGCGUCUCACAUAACAACCUCUACAAGUAUCAUAAAAACUUUGAGAACAUCUGGAUAGCAUCAGCAUUCAAAGGUGCUGAGGGACGCACCGCUACUUUACCCAGUUUAAAAAAUCGUUUUAUAAAUCACGUGGAAUGGCUUAAAUUAAUUUUCCACUACAAAUUUGGUGGUGAAAAAAACAUAUACAAUUUUGAAGGAAUUAUUUUAACUGGAUGGUCUAGAUAUAGCCAUAUGGAUCCCUUAUGUGAAAUACUUCCAGUCGCAAUUCCUAGUCUAGUGCUGAAUCUGUUAAUGAUCAAAUAUUUUCAAGAAGGUCAAAUGGAAAAUGCUUAUUUACUAGAAACUUCCGAAAUUUUUAAUAGAUUCUUGAAGAACGAUUUCAUUAAACACUUACAAUGUGAGGACGACAUCAGUUUAGAAAAUUUUGAAACUUCUUCAUGUACAUUUAAAGGUCAUAAAAUUUAUAGCAUAUUAGAACAAUAUAUUUUUCAAAACGAUCAAAUAUUAGGCAAAGUCAAUGAUGUCAAGGAAGGGUUAUUUUCGUUAGAAUAUUACUAUAAGCUUAAUCAUUUGAAUAUGAAUGCAAUACUGCCAGAUAUAAAGUGGUGUAACGAAAGUCUUUUGGAUUUAUUUGCGACAGAAAACAGAAUAUUUAAUUUAAUGCUUCAGUAUUACGACGUGGUCGUAGUUCAAGAAUAUGUAAAUUAUAAGUUUUACGAAGGGAAAAAGAAACUCAUCGGCUUAUUGAAACUUUUAAAGCGUUAUUAUUCCAUUCAUACAUGGUAUAGAAAUCCACCUCAACGGUAUAAAUUUUACAUCAGUUAG